GGCACACAAGCGACUAAAAAGCACGAAGAACUAAUUGCGCCGGAAGUCAGAGGAGCGGGAGAUUGGAAAACGUAAACAGACCAAACAACCUUGCGAAUUGCAACCGGAGCAUUCACAAAAAAAUGCUGAAAAAGCCGUCGAAGCUGAAGAGCACCAUAAGGUCUAAAGCGAAGGGGAAGGUGAACAUCGCAGCGGGCUCGGAGGCGAUGAUUGAACUACUGACGCUACUGUUCCUGAACAGCCUGGCGGAAGAGGCGAAGGCCAAGGCGCUUGAGGAGAAAUCUGCAACAAUCAGAGCUCACCAUGUCAAAGCAGUGGCUAAGAAAGUGCUAAGAAAGGCAAGAGGAUGAAGAAGACGAGGAUUAUUCUAUAACCCAGAUGAUUCCAGACUAAUUUUAUAAUGUCUGAGUUUAUUUAUGACAUGAAACAGGCUUGUAUUUAGGGGCUUCUUCACAGCGCGUUAGUGCUCGACAUCCGCUCGGCUCUCGUCUCGCUCUCCGCUCAUCCGUCAUGGUUUCUGUCUUCAGCUGCACGCUUCACGGCCCCCUUCGAAUUCCUCGCUUCGUCACGGCACACAGAAUAUCUGCACCAUCAGAUGAUAUCCUGCUAAUUCCUUAUCACCACUGAGUUCUUUGCGAUCAGACGCCAAUCACAACAGGAAAGGUCAAAGUAAAGACAAAUGUUUUCAGCUUGUUUUAUGAAAGAAAUAACAGUUUCUUUUAUGUUUAUGGAUCAUUUUCCAAACGCAGCAAGUUCUGUUUAAGUGAUUGUGUCAAACAUUCAUGUGUUCAUGUUUUGUAGGAUCCUCUUUUGUCAUUUCAGCUGUGAUCUGUGAUGUUAUAUGAUACAUCAACACAGAAUAAUGUUGUUUUUUUUUGUGAAGUGGAAAGAAAAUUCAGAAUGUUUUUGUUUUAUUUUCAAUAAAUAAGGAUCUGUAAAGUCUG